CUUAGACACCUCAAAUCGUUUUUCUCCGUUUUGAAGGGAGGUAUUACCUGAUCGUCUCUGUUGGUCAUUUUUUCAGCUUUUAUUACAAAGGCACAAAUUGAUUUGCUCUCGACUUCGAUGGCUUCAGAAAACAGCAUCGGGAUAUCGUCGAGACAAUUUGUGACCAUCUUAAAGAAAUUCGAUAAAGACGGUGAUGGAGACAUCAAACUGAGCCAACUAGAUGCGUUUUUGGAGGCAUUUGUGGACGAGGGUCUGAUAGAAAAAUGCAGAGCUGUAGAAAUUGCUGAAAAAAUCCGCGAAGAACAGCAAGAUGGCGAUGAAGUAUCUAUGACAACGCUGACAAAGGAAAUAGCACCCGUUAACUUCCUAACAGUUGAAUUCGGGGAGCAGAAAACAAGAAUUACGAGUGUGGAUUUUAUGAAGCUUUGGAAUAACUAUGAUGUUGAUAAUAGUGGACAUUUGGAUAGAGUGGAGCUGCAGAAAUUUUUUUACGAUAUUGUAACAAAGAACAAGGGCGAGGGAGACACUGAGGAUACGGAAGAAUUAGAAAAGAAAGUUGAUCAUUACAUCAAAACUAUGUUUGAAAUGCUGAACAUUCAAGGGGAUAAAGUCAGCCUGGAUAAAAUGUGCAAAUUUUGCCCUGUCGAGGAAAACUUUCUGGAGCAAUACGAGGCUUUUACUGCCGAAAAAUUCGAAGAGAUAUUUGCACAUUACGACCAGGACAAAAGUAACGAAAUUGAAGGGUGUGAGCUUGAAGGUUUCCUCAAAGACCUCUACGAUAGAAUACAGCCGGGUCAGUCCUUUGAAAAGUUUAAAGAAAAGAUGAAGGAAUUUGACGAAGACAAGAACAAGAAAUUUAGGAAGGAGGAAGUGAAGAACAUUUUGGCCAAACUGUUAUGAACUGACAAAUCAUAAUACUAAAUGUGGCUUUUUUUUUCCUUUGAAGGGGGUUUAAGGGGUUCGUUUUAAGACAACUUUCCGUUUUUGAAUUUUAGUCGUUUUUAAAGAUUGACUUUCGCGUUGCUUUCCAUUUUUAUGCUUAAGGCAGAUGUAUCAGUAGAUAGUUUCAAUUUUCCACGGCCAGUUGAGAGUUACUCUCCUUAAGGAAGUUGCUAAAACAGACGGGUAUUUCCCUCUGUACCUUACUGCCAUAUUAAAUGUUAUCUCCAGAGAAUAAAGCAUUUGCACACACAUCUACACAGAAAGUACCUGUUUAUUUUAUAUUGAGCUAAAUUUUUCACGACACGCAAGAUUUUUCAAAUGAAAGGAUUUCUCGGUAAAUAGAAAAACUCCUAAAAUGCUUCAAAUUCAACAUACAAAAAGGCUAAAAUUGACAAUUUAAAUUCUAUUUACUAAACUUGGGGCAAUUAGACAGAAUUUUUUUUUAAACUUAUAUUGCCCUGAUCUGCCUCGGUUUGUGCCACAGGAGAAAACUCAGAGGAAAGUUUUCAAGAAUCAAAUAUUCUUAAUCUUCAACAAAGAGAUUUAGAAGUAAAGGGAAAUUCCCAGUGUUCCCAACAAAAAAAUUCUUGCAAGAGGACUAACAUAGAAAAGGGGUAGCAUAAAAGUUAACUGCCUUAUGCUGGUAAGGCUGAAUAGUAGACAGAUAGUAAAUUUGUCUGGGGAAAGAUCCAAGCCAUUCGUUUUUUAUCAAAGAAGGCUUAUUUCAU